ACCCCGCCAAAAUGCUCCCGGUUUCAAACUCACUUGUUCAGCUUCAGGCUUCUCCAUUCCCUCCGUCUCCAUGGCCUCGUUCAAUCCUCCCAUCCUUGAAAACCUGCAAAACCAUGAAGGAUUUGCAGCAAUUCCACGCCAAAUCGAUCAAAACAGGCCUAAUUCGAGACACUCUCGUCGGCGCAGAGAUCCUCCGCUUCGUCGCCCUCUCCCACGAUCGUGAUCUCCGCUACGCCCGCUUGGUAUUCGAUGAAAUGCGUGAACCAAAUGUCUUCUCUUGGAACACCCUCAUCCGUGCCUUCUCUGAGAGUGAGUUUGAACCACUGCAGGCGCUAUCCUUGUUUCUCCAAAUGCUCAACGAUGACUCCGUUCAGCCUAAUAGGUACACUCUUCCUUCCGUGCUGAAGUCUUGCGCUCGGAGUGGUGGCCUUGAAGAAGGGAAGCAAAUCCACGGUUUUGUUGCAAAGAUUGGUUUGCAAACGGAUGACUUUGUUCUCAGUAAUCUUGUUAGGAUGUAUGCUAUGUGUGGGCGCAUGGAAGAUGCUUGCUUUUUAGUUAAAUCGAGCUCAGCAUCCUCAGAGGCCGUGGCUAGCGUUGUUCUUCACAAUGUUUUGAUUGAGGGUUUCUUUGGAGUUGGGAUGGCUGCUCAUGCUCGGAGGAUAUUUGAUGAAAUGCCUCAAAGGAGUGUGAUUUCAUGGAAUACUAUGAUAUCGAAGUAUGCACAGAUUGGUUUAUUUCAGGAAUCAGUGGAUGUCUUCCAGAAAAUGCUGGUAGAAGGUGUGAUGCCAAAUUACGUAACUUUAGUUAGCGUACUUCCAGCGAUUGCUCGGCUCGGUGUGCUUGAUUUGGGUGAAUGGGUUCAUCUGUAUGCAGAGGAGAAUGAAAUACUAGUAGAUGAUGUUCUUGGAUCGGCCUUAGUUGAUAUGUACUCCAAAUGUGGGAAUAUUGAUAAGGCACUUGAGCUUUUCAAAGGUCUGCCCAAAAGCAAUCCAAUCACUUGGAGUGCUUUGAUUGGAGGCCUAGCAUUGCAUGGCCGGGCCAAAGAGGCUAUUGAUUAUUUCUCCAUGAUGGAACAUGCUGGAUUAACCCCUAAUUCUUUGGUUUUCAUUGCUUUAUUGAAUGCAUGUUGUGUUGCUGGAAUGGUGGAUCUUGGUUGGGCUUAUUUUGAAUGCAUGACGACAGUUUAUGGUUUGAAUCCUGAUAUUGAGCAUUAUACUUGCAUGGUUGAUAUGCUAGGUCGUGCAGGAUUUGUAGAGCAGGCAGAGAAGAUUGUGAAGAGUUUGCCCAUGAAACCGGAUGAUACAAUCUUUAAAGCAUUGCUUGCAGCAUGCCAGAGCCAUGGUGAUGUUGAGAUGGGAAUACGAGUGGCAAAGAGUCUCAUAAAGCUUGCUCCUUGCGAUGGAGCAAGCUACAUGCUUUUGUCAAACAUGUAUGCUUCUUUAGGUGAUUCAGAGGCAGUUGCACAAGUAAGACAAUUGAUGAAAGAGUUAGACAUUCCGAAUGACCCUGGCUGCAGUUGGGUCACAGUAGAUGGAGCAAUCCAUGAAUUUCUAAAUUUUGAAGAUGAUCAACAUCCAAGAACCUCCGAGAUUAAUGCUAUGCUGGAGGAGAUUACUGCCAAGUUACAUGCAGCAGGAUAUGACCCAGAUUCUUCACAAGUGUUGCUUGACAUUGACGAGGAAGAGAAAGAGAGCUUUCUCAGGUAUCACAGUGAGAAGAAAGCCAUUGCCCUCGGCUUGAUUAGCACGAGUCCAGGGACAACUCUGCAUGUUAUGAAGAGUCUGCGUGUGUGUUCAGAUUGCCACUCUUCAAUAAAGCUUAUUUCCCAGAUCUAUAGUCGCAGGAUAGUAGUGAGAGAUAAGAAACGCUUCCACUAUUUUGAAAAUGGCAUUUGCUCUUGCAAUGACUACUGGUGAAAAUUGAGCAAAGAUAUG